AGCUAACGUCAAAGAGCUUCCAUGUGUAGAUGAUGUGAAGAAAGGACCAGGGGUCGUUGGAUUAAACUCAUCAGGAAACUGUGUUUUACUGUAACAGCUCCUCCCUGCUCUUUCCCCGAAGAACAAAUCAAAAUGUUCUGAUGUCAUCUUCUGGAUCAACGCCACAACGCCAUCUAUUUAGAGCGGAGGAGGCAUCACUGAGGCAGCUGGCGUUUCAUUCAAACAAGCGGAACAGACUGAAGGAAAGUAAGGACUCCUGGUUUUGUUUGUGGGAAUUUACCAUCUAUUUGUGCCUCUUAAGCUUCGUCCUGAACCCUCAGCUCUCAUCAAAUGGACGACUUCGCCUCGGCAUCAGCUGGAUUAUCGUCACAGGGAAACAUACAAAUGGAAAAUUUAUUUGAUUUUGCGGACCGUGAAGUUUUUGCCACUUCAGUCGACCUGAAAGGAGAACUCAUCACAAGUUUGACGUCUUUCAUAAAGCUCUACAGUCAGCGCAGAGACCGUCUUCAGAGAAGUUCAGAGAGCUUCAUGCUGACAGCUGCUCGACUUCAUGAUGAUAUGCACAAGGAAGUUUCUGAGAAAAAGACGGGCCGAGGUCUGCUCACUGUGUUCGGAGGAGUUCUUGGUGCACCUUGGGGGGGCGUUUUUGGUGCAGCAUUUGGGGCAUUUGGAGCAGUUACUGCCACAGCUUGGGCCUGGCUUUGCGAUGAUAUCAACGCUCUCUGUGUAACCGGUGGGUUUGUCUGCAGUGUAUUUGGUGGUGUUGUUGGGGGAGCGUUUGGUGGUGUUGUUGGGGGAGCGUUUGGUGGUGGUGUUGGGGGAGCGUUUGGUGGCGGUGUUGGCGGUGCAGUCGACGUAGAAGCCACUGGUGGUCCAGUUUAUGGUUUCGUCAGGGAAGCAGCGUGGUUCACCAUCGGCUUUGCGGCCGGUGUUGCGAUCGGUGGUACUUACGGUGGGGCGGUCGGUGCAGCAGGCGGUGCAAGUGGUGGUGGUUUCGGUGCGUUGUGUGGGAAAAGGCUUGCUGUCAAUGUACUGGAAAGCAUUAGUGUUUUUUUCAGAAUGAAAGUUUCAAAAGCACAGAAAAUUAAGUCUGAGAAGGUGACUGUGGAACAGAAAACUCAAGAUUUCAGGGAAACUAUCAAACCGCUGGUGGAAGAGCUGAAAUCACUCAAAACCAUUUGUGAUCAAAUGGCCGCCAGUGCUUUUGUGCGCGUUGUAGCUGGACAAACCGCCAAGACGCUGGCUUUUGUGACCACGAUGGAGAAAACAAUCGUUGACUCUCAGAAGGCCACAGAUAUGCUACAGUUUGUUUCCAGUGUUGAAGAAGCAGCGAGACAAAGUAAGACGAUCACUGAGGAAGUGGAGAAGACGAGGGAGGAAGCAGAGAAACUGAGGCUGGUACAGAGACACAACAGCGAACACGUGGACUUCUUACCACACUAACUUCAGAUUCUUCAGAAAAACUGAAUCGUGUCCCUGCUUAAAAUUGAUUUGGGAAGAAAUUAAAUAAUUACAGUAGCCAUAGAAACUUUUAUUUUACAUAUGUGUCAGUGAUAAUAACAGACGUGAAACUCUGAACCAAAAGAAAUUGGUA